AUGAACAACACCCAAGGAAUUCUUGACCUCCAGCCCUACCAUCCACUCCUGGAUAAUCACUAUACUAUCUCCCCUGCUCCAUCAUUAACAGAGUUGGCUGUGUCAUCCACUGUCUGCACACCCAUACCUCCUGAGAUUAUCACUGAUAGAGCAAAGAGACAAGGCUGCACUCCACAGGAAGAAACCAUCCAUAGCAUUCUAUACAUUGCGAUAGAGGACAUUAUGGCCUACAAGUUCAGCCACAUGGAAUUGGACAAAUUGUCUGAUGCUAUUUAUCUGCAUCCUAUGGAAGGGGAUGACAAACUUCAUGCCCCUGCCUUAUCUAAUAAACAGGACACUAUUUUUCCACUACCCACAUUCAAAAAACUCUCCUUGCAGAUCUCCGUCAUCUCUGUUCAUGAGAGAUGGAGCUUCUGCAAAUACCUGUAUGUGCUCUUGCAACAAGGCAACAAAACCAACCGAGCCUCUGACACCACUCCUGAUGUUGACAAACCCCGCAACCAAUUAUUCCUUGGCCAUCCUAUUUACCAUGAUACUUGGUUUAGUAAUGGUUACAUAGUAGAGAUAUUCUACCUCACUGACAAGCAUGUUGUUACGGUUAUUCAUUUCUUUUCCUUUUUCUUACGCAUUCACGCUUACUCCAUGCUGCGGUUCUGA